AUGUCUGAUCCAUCUUUCACUUCAAUUCCGGUGCUAGAUUUCUCCGAAGCCUUGUCCUCAUCUAACAAGCCCGCCUUUUUAACACGUCUGCGCGAGGCUCUUGUGAAUGUGGGCUUUUUCUAUCUUCGAAAUCCUCCUGUUUCCGUUCAAUCGCAACAUCAGUUCAUCCAAAAAGCUCUGGAUCUCUUUGAAUUGCCCUUAGAAAAGAAGGCUGAAAUCGAAAUGGUGAAUAGUCCUCACUUUUUGGGCUAUUCAAGGCUCGGUGCAGAGAUCACCGCCUUGAAACCAGAUUAUCGUGAACAAUUCGAUUUUGCAACCGAGCUCCCUGCGCCUGGUCCAAAUGAGCCUUUGUAUAGAAAUGUCGUCGGUCCUAACCAGUGGCCGGAUGAAAAAGUAAUCCCCGGAUUCCGCAAAUCACUCGAAACAUAUCUGUCCGAAGUGAGCAGCCUGGCCAACGUGUUCCCAGGCUUUAUUGCAGAAGCACUGGACCUGCCGCCAACUGCAUUCGACCAGGUCUUUGACACUCCACAGCAACACAAACUGAAAUUGGUGAAAUAUCCUCCUCCCCCGGGGUCUAACGACGGAUUUAAUUUCCAAGGCGUUGGUCCCCAUAAAGAUUCGGGGUUCCUCACUUUCCUGUUGCAAGGGACACCGCACCAUGGCCUGGAAGCUCAGAAUAAAACCGGGACAUGGAUCUCUGUCCCGCCACUUCCGGGGACAGUGGUGAUCAAUAUUGGCCGCUCCUUGGAGGCCUUGACCGGGGGAUCUGCACGGCGACCACACACCGUGUAA